GAAAACCGGUUAAACCGGCAGCACGCUGCAAACAAAACAACCGAGUGAGCGCUUUGUUGUGCCGAGCCUUGGCGCUUUUCGGCCGUCGAAUCGGCAGAAAUCGGCGGGUGAAUUGUGCGUCACGUGGCCAGGAGGGGCGAGGGCGCCGAACCGCAGCGCCAGUUGCCAGGGUGGUGGCUCGUUAGGGGGCAGGUCGAAGGUUGCAGGUCAGCUGGAGGAGAAGUAGUGGCAGCGCGUAUCGAUCCGGGGGGACGAUGGCCGCCGGCUACAGAAGGGCUAACUACUACGAGCUCUGCCGCCUCUGCACCUCCAGCGAGGGCGUUAAGGUGCACAUCUUCAGGGAGGAGGGCCAGCGCCGGCAGUUGAUCAACAAAAUUCAGAACUGCCUGCCCCUCCAGGUCAUAGAAGAAGAUUCCUUGCCAAAUAUCAUCUGUAUGGACUGUGUGCAUAGGCUUGAGAGUUUUUACGAUUUUCGGCAAACAUGCAUCAAUGCAGAAGCAAUGCUGGAGAGCUAUUAUUCUUCGUUAAAAUUCAACGAAGAGUUUAGGAAGACUGGAAAGUGCUACGUAAAAGAAGUACCAAAGAAAAGAGAGAAACUGAAGCUGCCUCUGGAACCUUUGGUUAAACCAGAUAUAAACAUCACUCGGAUAAACACAACUCCGUCGUUACCAGAACCACAAGCGAUCAAAGAUGUGGCAGCUGAGGAUGUGCUUCCGACGGUGCAAAUUCAAGAGGAAGAGCAGACUAACCCCCGAAUCGAGAGUGUCCAGCACGUAGGCGAGGUGCAAAUUCACCCCAUUGAGACAAUGAACUCUGGGGUCGAAGACGACGUGGAACAUAGUGUCGACAAUGAGGCUGUGCAGGAGUUUGAAUUCAUUGUCGACGAUAAGGUCAAGAACUCUGACGAGAGGGAAGAGGAAGAAAACGAGACACUCUUAAUGGAGUUCAACUUCAUCAAAGGAGACAAAUCAGACGAAACUGAUGGCGAGUGUGGACGAACCUCAAUGGACCAGAUUGGCGAAUUCCUGCGCAUUAAGCCCGUGUGGGUGACCCCGGUUUCAGUGACGCCAGUCAACAAGCAGGAUACGGCUACAACAGAGGCGUCAAAUCAUUGUAGUCGCUGCAACAAAACCUUUUUCGACAGUCAGCUGCUCAACGAGCAUGAAUGUGGCGGCGUCCAAGUCACCAUUGUACCUGUGAAAGCCAACUUGUCAAACUUAAAGUCAAAUAAUGCAGACGAGGCCUGCUAUAUUUGUGAAGUCUGCUCAAGGCCGUUCAAACGGAAAGAGCACCUCAUACAGCACAGCAAAUUGCACACUGGCGAGCGGCCGUUUCCGUGCAGCGUGUGCGGGAAGACAUUCUCGCGCAAAGAGCACCUGAUCCGACACACAACCUGCCACACAGGAGAGAAGCAACACGAGUGUGACGUCUGCGGCAAAUCCUUCUCGCGGCGGGACAACCUGCUGAAGCACCGCAAAACGCACGGCGUCAACGGACCAUUUGUGUGCGAGACGUGCGGUAAGACGUUUACAAUGAAACAUUACUACGUCAUGCACCGCGCCACACAUACCAACGAGACUCCAGAGAGACCAUUCAAAUGCGACAAGUGCGGGAAGAGCUUUGCUGUGAGACAGUACCUCUUGAACCACAUUUCCCGGCACAGAGACAAUCCGCAGCACCAGUUAAUCACGGACGACUUAGAUGCCACAGUAAAGCUGCCAAGUGCCGAUGAAACGGCCGAGAGUCUUGCCGAUCAGAGCAACAACUACGUGCAAAUAGUGCAGUUAAACGCGGACUCGGAUGAAAUCGAGCAAGUGGGCGAAGAGCACGAACAGGAUGGCGGCACCUUCGUCCAAAUCGUGUCGCUGAAGGAGGAGCAUCACCAGGUCAACUCAUGAAGUGCUUAGCUAGUUUUUCCGUUGAUAGAUGUUUGUGUUGAAGAAAGUUUGUCUUAUCUUUCUUGACUUCGGAAGGAAUAUGUAAGGGCUGUAUUUUUGUGAACUGAGUGGGUGAGUCUGCAACCAUUAGAAGAAAGGCACAAAUGAACUAAUCAUCGUCCUUGGGAUUUGGUGUAACUGUAGUUACACAUUUAUUAUUGUGCAUAGUUUCGACUUAAAUUACACAAGGUUUUGAACGCAGACAACUAAUUUUAAAAAUAAAAAUGCAAAUACAGAUAAA